GAAGCUGGUCAUUGCACACUGCCACUGCAAUUUCUGGUCACUUACAGACACCAAAGCAAAAGUCAGUGCGAACAGAACUUGUGAGUCAGAAGGGCGAACGCUGCAAGUUGCCUACUGGCUCUUGCGAGGCUUUUAUAUUUUAAAGGUAGACGAUUUGGAAACGGAUUCUCUCUUCUCGGUAGCGGACCGGCUGUUUCUCGGGGUCUGAAGGACUGAGCAGCAGACUCGCCCAACCCUUCGAGAACAGUAUAACAGAUUCAAAAUUGAGCUGCUUUCUCUUCUACCUUUCCAAGAUGAGUGCCAAAUCUGCUAUCAACAAGGAGAUUUUUGCUCCACAUGAUGAGAGAAUGCUUGCAGCCGUCCAGGUCAAACGAAGAACCAAAAAAAAGAUUCCAUUUCUUGCAACAGGAGGUCAGGGGGAAUAUUUGACCUACAUCUGCCUGUCAGUGACCAAUAAGAAACCUACAUUGGUUUCUAUUACUAAGGUCAAGCAUUUUGAAGGAUCAUCAUCCUUUGUGCGAAGAUCACAGUGGACACUGGAGCAGCUUCGACAAGUGAAUGGUAUAGAUCCCAACAAGGAUUGUCCUGAAUUUGACCUUGUGUUUGAGAACGCCUUUGACCAGUGGGUUGCCAGCACAGCCUCCGAGAAAUGUACCUUCUUUCAAAUCCUUCACAAUAUUUCUCAGCGACACCUUUCAGACAGGAAGCCGGAGUUCAUUAAUUGCCAAUCUAGAUGGUUGGGUGGAAACAGUAUCUUACAUUCAGCUGCAGACAGUGUUACUAGUGCAGUUCAAAAAGCCAGCCAAGCCUUGAACGAACGGGGUGAGAGGUUAGGCCGAGCCGAAGAAAGAACAGCAGAAAUGAUGAACAGCUCCCAGCAAUUUGCUGAAACUGCACACAAGCUUGCAAUGAAGCACAAAUGUUGAGCAGAUGCUAAACAAAAUGGGAGCUCUAUCCGGUGAUCGUCACACAGAGAUGGAAGUCCAGUAUUGUACAUUUCCUUUAUUGGAAACUUACUCCUUAAACUCUAUGCUGCCAAUAUUAGAAUUUGUUUCAAUAUAUUUUUAAACUUUAAUCAGCAUUGUUGAACAAAACAAAUACUAGCUUAAUCGUUUUUCAUUGUUGUUAGAUUUCCAGGCUACUAUUGGUCCGCACUAAUUACAGACGUAGACUUUCAUGUUAUGCAGACGGCUUUUAAUUAAUGUCAAUGUUGUUGUAUACAAUAUUAUAGAUCUCAAUUUUUUUUCAAAGAACUUAUUUAAAAAUCUUGGAUAAACAUUUGGAAUGUGGCUCAGUGGAGUUUUGUAAUAGGAACUAGGCUACAAUAUAGGAAUUGGACUUCUCAAACAGCAGUCACAAGAUCAGUGACUGAGCAAUAUAGUGUGUUCAUCUUAAUGACAUGACUCUUCAUUUUGAAAUCUACCAGUCGUUGUCUUUACAACUGUGAAACCGACACUGGGAUAUUCUUCCUGACUCGAUGGAAUAGCUGGAUAUUACAUGGCUGGGAAUGCAGUGAAGGAAACUCGAGAUCUUUAAACUUAUAUCUGAAGAUUAGCACUAGUAUAUUAUUAAGUAGCAGCUGGACAUAAAUUGUUUCAUUUUGAAGAAUGUAUCUGUAACAUGUCAUAAGUUCAGGCAGUUUAUGAUAGGACUGUCAUUUACCUGGUGUUCUAGAGCAGGGAACAGUGUAGAAAAAUUGCUCUUGAUCUUGUACAACUGUUUUAAAUCAAAAGGCAAUCCAAAUACUUCAUAUACUUUGUUAAUUCUGACUGCAACAGAGUGCGUACUGUGAGGUCCUGUGCCUGUGUGUGGACUCGUGCUCUGACUUUCUGUUUCCAGUCUUAGUUGUCAUUAAAAGAUUGUACAACAUGCCUUAUUUGUAAAAAAGAAAGAAUACAAAUUAAUGAAUUAUUUGAGCAGUACUGUAAUUGGUAAUUAUUUACAUUUUUGUUUUAAUGGCAGAUUUUUUUUGAUGGAGUCACCUUGAAAUAAAUUCCUUGAGAUACCCUAGGUUACUCAUUCAGGUUGUACAUAAUAGCUACAUGUCUGCAGUCUGCUUUGGGAGAAUUCCAAUUAAAUUAGUAAGCCUCUGCUUCACUCUGUUCACUAGUCAUGAAACUAGCACUUGCUGUGUCCGUGUUAAUUUCAUGUUAUUAUUUGCAAAUGAAAUAGCUUCUUUUGUUUGACUAGCUCACAAUUUGCUAAUGUGGAGCUGCACCCAGAGUCUUUCAGAACCAAUUAUUUCUGCACACUAAAUUGCUGAGAACGCAAGCUGAUGGUGUGGGUGGGCCAUUCUGUAACCUUGGUAAACAAUAAGGAUAUCAGGUCAGUGAAAUGCAAGAAACAAAAUUAGUUCAAGGAAGAAAUUACUGCUGAGAAAGGGAAAACUAUAAGGUUUUCUUUGUUAAUUCCUCUCGGAACAAUUUCCUACCUGGAUGACUCCACCAUUUGCAGUUUCAUUUUAGUAUUCCUGGAUCGUAAGGGAUUGCAGGGAUAUAAAUCUGCAUUAACAGGCUUCUUAGGGCAUGAAAUAAGAGCACCAGCUUGCUGAUGC